UAACAGGUUUGGUGUUUGGGUGGGUUUUUUUUGUUCCGUUCUGCCUUUCCAGUGACCGUUGUCUUCCCACACGCUGCUGCCCACGCAUAUCGGAACCUGCACGUGGCAAAUACAGGUGCUAAUAUUAAUUUUACCUGUGUUGCUAUUUGCCGCCUGGGAAGACAGGUGGGAUUAGAAAAUGGGUGGAUGAUAUAAAAGUUGUGAGUUCUACGCAAAGGUCGAUCGAGAGAAGACCACAACACCAGAGGGCGCCACAACGAGUCUGGUAUCAUGAACACGUUACAGUUGUGCGUGACGUUCAUAGUGAUCGCUCUCCAGCCGGUCCUCAGCUCGCAGUUCUGCCGGCACGAGAACAACAGCCUCGUCCACGUCUUUCAGACUAUGCCCGUCAUAAACGCCCCCCAGCGGCGGUCCCGGCACCUGAGGGACAUCCCCGAGGAAUCCUGUCCAGCCGAACCAGAGGACUCCUCGUUAGGAGAGCUCUUUGUGAACGACAACUCCCUGUGUUCCUGGAACUACACGCUCAACCAGGACCCCAACCGCUACCCGCACGACAUUCUCGAGGCACAGUGCGCGUGCAGAACGUGCAUUAACGGCAUCUACCGAUGUAUGCCGAUCAUUCACGAACACCCUGUCGUGAGACAGGAAUGCCGGGACGGAACUUACUACUAUUACUGGGUGAUGGAACCUAUUGCGGUGGGUUGCGCAUGCUCCCACGCAAAGACUCGUUUCAGGAAACGGUCGUUUCCAGCUUUAUUACAGCUGUGAAACCAAAAACUAGA